AUGCGCGAGAUUAAGGACAAAGAUCUAUGCAAAAAACUUGUUAACAUGGGGUACGCAUUAACGGAGGCUACAUUUAACUACUAUCACAGAGAAAUAAGAAGAACAAACUUUGAGGCUUCAAAUUGGAUAGACAACACACAUAGGGAGAAGUGGGCUAGAGCAUUUGACAGAGGGAAACGUUGGGGACAUAUGACAUCUAACUUGGCAGAGGCCAUAAACUCUGUACUAAAGGCAACCAUAAACCUUCCAAUCACUACUUUGGUCCAGUCUACAUACUAUCGAAUGGGUUCACUCUUUGGUAAACAAGGAUACAAAUAG